AACCGCCAAUAAAUCCAGUAGAAGAAGAGGAAGAAGAUCAUGGCUGCUGUGAAGUUUCUGGCUGAGGCAGAGUUACUUAAACAGGGAGCAGAGGCUCGGGUGUACCGGGCACAGUUUUUAGGAAAGCCCACAGUGGUGAAGGAGAGGUUUCCGAAGCGCUACAGACACCCGGCGUUAGACGAGAAGUUGACCCACCGGAGGACAGUGCAGGAGGUUCGAUCCGUGCUGCGCUGCAGGAGAGCAGGUAUCUCUGUCCCUGUCGUUUACUUCGUGGACUACAGCUCCCACUGCAUUUUUUUAGAAGAAAUCCUGGGAUCCUCAACUGUCCGUGACCAUAUCGCUUCUGUUCAGCAGUCUCAGCACUCUCCCAACCAGGAACUGAACCUACUGGCUGAGAGGGUGGGCCAGAUUUUGGCUAAAAUGCACGAUGAGGACGUCAUCCACGGGGAUCUGACAACAUCCAACAUGCUGCUGAGGCAUGCCGUGGGUGGAGAGUUUGAUCUGGUGCUGAUUGACUUUGGCCUGAGUUACAUUUCUGCUCUUCCUGAAGACAAAGGGGUGGACCUGUAUGUGCUAGAGAAGGCUUUCCUCAGUACCCAUCCCAACACAGAGGCGUUGUUUGAGAAGCUGCUGAAGAGCUACACGGCGUCCUCCAAGAAGUCCGCAGCAGUCAUUAAGAAGCUCGAUGAGGUUCGGCUGAGAGGGAGGAAACGAUCCAUGGUGGGAUGAGAACAACAGGAAUCUUCACAGGGACAGUCCUCUUUGUUUAUGUUGUUAAAAAAUACGAUUGUCAACAUAGGCUUUU